CAUGCAUCUUGGCCUUUGCAGCGAUACGACCCUCUAAUCUUACCCUGCAUUGGAGUUCAUUGUAUUUUCUUACCAAGUAUCUUAUUUUUGGCUUUGGCAUUUCCUUGUCUCUUUGACAUUUCCCAAAUUUGUAUCAGCAUUCUAGUCGCUUUGAAGGUUUCGGUCGCAAGCCCGCUAGAAGAUGGACUAUCUAUGAACUCCGCCUGAAGUCAACUAGUCCGAUCGCGAGUUAAUUGGCGCAACAUGGAGGACAUCCGACCGACCGCGAGAUGGGCAAACCGCAUGUUGCGCCCCUUGACCUCCAUUUACCACCGGUUAGAGAAACAUCACGAGAUCCGCGCCAGCGUCGCGGACGCGAAAACGAAAGACAAUGCCGACCACACCAACACAGAGCGCAUGGGCGCUCCGUCCAGGCGCAGUGGUCAACCCGUUACCGACCAAGGCUGUACUUACUCGGACGAAGAGGCUGACGAUCCCGCCUGGAUACCUGGACGACCCACGAGCCGCCGCAUCCGACACAACUACUCCAGUCGCGGGCAGAGGAACGGCGCGCGACGACGGACCCGGUUGCCGAUUCAAAGUCCGGAAGCGCAGCGGACGCUGCCUGGCGCGAUCGAGAUCGCCACCCCGCUCAUUACCGGAAGACUUCACGGGUCUGUGGACACCGCUUCGUCCAUCAGAAAACAACUCUUUCGGAAUACUAUCUCGGCCGUCGGCGAUGCAGACGCUGGCGACAAUCGGAAAGGCACGCGCACGAACAAUAGCAGCUUUCCUGCUUAUCAGGGCUCUUGGAAAGAAAUCAUCGAUAUCUGUGGCGACCCGGGCUUUGCGGAUAUUGCGCGCUACUUGGAUCAUGUUCUUCUUAAAUUCUUGAAUAACACUCGCGUUAGCCCGGCAGGCAUACCUCAACAUGAACAGAAAUCACGCGGACCGCGGUCGCUGAUGUCGAUGGCUCUGCGCCGCCUUCCCGAUUUUAUUGCAGAGGAGCAGGUAUUACAGGAUGAGAUCGAGGAGGAUGGGGAGGUGGAUAUGUGUAACGCUUACUUUACGGAGCUUGAAGCCCACUACGCGUCGAACAGCAACGGAUGGCAGCCACUUCGGGAAGCAGCGCGCGCACAAGGCAUCCGCUUGAUUUCGGACAUGAUCCGCAGAGGCUGGAUCCCUAGGUUGGCUGCCUGUCGGCUACUUAAAGUGUGCUUGGAGCAUGAUGAGUUUGAUGCUUGUGAAUCUUUGUUGUCCCGUUGCUUGCUUGACAUCACCAAUUACGAUUAUCCUUCGGCGUUCGAUACUCCCAAGCCUACCAAUUACCGCGAAGACCCUGUUCGGGUGCUUCGUGUUUAUUACUCACGCGUCUCUUCAAGGCGGUCCUUUGUGUUCGAUGAGCUGGCCAAGCUUCUCUCACGAGGGGUAUUGCCCCCAGAAUGGAUGGUCACAAGCCUAUGGAAGAAGUGCGUGGAUGGAGCGAUUCAAUCGGUAUCAGCUGGAGAUGGGGACUCUGCAGCUGCGACAAAGGCUGUUGAGGCCAUAGUCCUCGCCUCAGCCGGCAUAUGUCUUGCCGCAGAUACACUUACGUCUCGCAUUGGAGGGCCAAUUGCCCAGCGCCCUGUUGGCUCGAAGGACACACGUACCUCCACGUCGAACGCGAAUUCCCUGCUUGAAGGCCGGGCUCCAUGUCCUGUCCCUAUUCAGGACGCCUUGAGCAACCUCACCUCUAGUCUAGUGACUGCGCUCUGUGGCAUGUGCAUUACACGCUCGCAAACGUCUGGGCUUGAUGAGAGAACGAGUGGACGGAAAGUCCGGCAAUUGGUCGGAAGCUUUGCCUUCAACGUUCAAAGGGCUAUUGGGAUUGCCUCGACGCCUGGAGAGAUUCAAGGAUUAGGCCUUCAAUCGCUCCGCCGUGGAUAUGUCCUAGUGGGCGAGUAUAUGCUACGGGCUCACGAAGAUUUCCCGUAUGAGCUGAUUGGUCACUCCGAUUCGUUGUCCCAACAACACAUCGAUGCCUUUUGCCUGUUAUUGGCCGGCCAGCAGGAUACGGUCAAGGAACUGGCUGAUUUUGUUCGACAAGUAUUCCACUGCUGUGGGUAUGCACGCAAAAGCGAGCCGACUUCUACUCCACGGGAGAUCAAAAACACAGUCACGCGCCUCGCUCGACUGACGUCUCUGGUUAAGGUGUCUCUACUUUUGGAUAAAGUCGCCGCCGAAACUGCGAUGAUGUUGGCGGAGAUGACUCUGGAUGCGGAUGAUCACGCAUGGGCUUUGGACAUGCAGGGUGAGGCUAUCUCAUCACAGCUGGGGCAAAGGGCGAAACAAUCCCGCGCAUCUAGCGAAGCCUCUGCCGACGAGGACAUGGACACAUAUCGUUGGGAAGACAGUAUUGGAGAGUGGGUGGCGAGCACACCAGCGUCCAAGUCCGCGGCCACCCGAGCGCCAUCUGCGUCGAGCGCUGUACGCUCUAUGAGCAAUAGCGUUUCGCCCAGUCCAGUUCCAUCUGAGAAGAUGGCUUCGAGCGUGACAUCAUCUGCGCCAUCGUUGGCGGGCAAGAGAGGACGCGCUCAGCAGAGCUUGGAGCUGCGGUCGCCCAAACGGCUCCGAUCUGCGUCGCUGAAGUUGGGGAGAGAAAGCGCUGGCGUUACGCGCAACGAGCCGGAGCGCUUACAGGAGUCAGACUCUGCACCCGUAGCCGCCCGAACUCGCACGGCUCUCCGCGACCUCUCCCAGGCCAAGAAUCGCGUGAUUAAAUCAUCCCGACCGGGCGUAUCGGCCAUCACUAAGAGCGCGACACCUGUCCGAUCUCCGCACCAGAUUGAAGUUGUCAUCUUCAACAGGCUUGCACCUGCAGCUGAGAGCACAAGGAUUCAACCAGAUGCUUUGUUAGCCUGCAGAAAAUCGGCACGCUUAGCUCGAGCCUCCCUUUCUGCUUCUCUUCCCACCACCACCACCACCACCACCAUCGCGACCGAGUCGAUUAUAAGGCCGUCUCGACCGCGUCGCGCCAGAGUACCGCCCCCGCCGGUGAUCUCGUACCCGGACGAGGACAGUGACGAUGAGCUCAGUUUUCUAAUUUGAUUCGCUGCGUCUGUUGGCGUUACUUAGGUACUGUUUAUUAUACCAUUGAAAUUCUAGGAUGCAUGCACUCUGGAGCAUGGGGUCUUUUAUUGGGGAUAGUCUGGCGUGGGACACUUUUGUUUUUGUUUCAUUUCAU